UGGUCUUCCGCGGAAGCAGGCGCGAAAGCCAGUUUCGUGCGUUUCUGCCAUGGCUGAGGAGGAGAAGGACAUCUAUUCCACAGGGAGGAGUUGUGCUUCUGAAGCCUUACAUUAUCAUUAGAACACGCGUAGGGAAAAGCGGGCUGUAGCCAAUGAGCCUUGCUUCUGCGACGUCUUUCUGGUUUUUCUCCAUUCAUUUUUCCCGGCCGAGUCGAGUUCUCCUUUCUUCUCUUUUCCAGGGCCGCUGCACGUCCCGCCCCUUCAUUGGUUUUGUCCCGCCUCUUACUCCCUGGAGAGGCCGCCCAACGCCCGCCCGCUUGCCUGGGCUGUUGCCGCCUGCCUGCUUGCCAGCUAUCCAGCGAGCUAAGCAGGCAGCACUGCGCCUCUGUCUCGCCCGCCUGAGUCUCACGUUCAGUCGCGCAGACAGGCAGAUAGGACCUCUCCCACCGCCCCCCCCCCCGAGCAGGAGCUUGUUGUACGCGCUUUCCUAACGAAGCAAGCGCCGCCGCCGCCAACCCGGAGCUGUAGCGCAGCGGACGCUCGAAGGGAGAGCGCGCGAUCGAGCCAGGGGGGGACAGGCCGGCUCGCGGUGGGACUCUCAAGGUUAAAAAAAGACAAAGCUGGAAGGUGGAUUAUUUCUAAAAAAUAAAUAAAUAAAAGACCAUGCGUGCACGUCUGUAGAAAUGGUUUGCGGCUCAGUCAAGCUGGAGCUAACUAAAUGAAACUAUGGGCUGUGCGUCAGCCAAGCAUGUUUCUGCUGUACAAAAUGAAGAGGAAGCUCAGAAGGGAAAAAGUUAUCAGAACGGAGAUGUAUUUGGGGAUGAGUAUAGGAUCAAACCUGUGGAAGAAGUCAAAUACAUGAAAAAUGGGGGAGAGGAAGAUCAGAAAAUAGCUGCCAGAAACCAGGAAAACUUGGAAAAAAGUGCCAGUUCACAUGUAAGGCUUAAGCCUAACAAAGAGCUUCCAGGAUUAGUACAUCAACCUAGAGCAAACAUGCACAUCUCUGAAAGCCAACAGGAAUUCUUCAGAAUGCUGGAUGAGAAAAUUGAAAAGGGUCGUGAUUACUGUUCAGAAGAGGAGGAUAUCACAUAGUGCCAAUUCUGCUGAUCAAAAUGGGAAUACUACUGUGUAAAUAGAUUACGGUCCAGUCAAGAUCCUUUUUGGAAGUCUUCUCAAGUGAACAGCACUACAUAACAAAAGAUCAUUUCCACAUUGUAUGCUCCAUUCAGUUCCAGUGUUUCUUAAUGACCAUACAAUGAACGCCGAGAAGAGAAAGAAGAACAGCUUAUAUGGAACUCCCUUUGCUGCUGCUUGGUGAAACUUGUUGUUCCAGGUUUUCACUUAUCUGUGUCCAGGGACACAGCAAAUCUUUUGACAUAAAAUCUAAGUGACACUGUAGAUUUCACUUGAGCUGUUGGCCUGUUUUCUAUUGGCUGAAGUAGUAUUAUACAAAACCUUCCAUAACUGAGCAGUUGAACCUUCACGUUCAUUCUGUUUGCCAACCCACCAAUGGAUUGUGGAGUUCUUAUUAACACUGACAAUUUAGAGCUUUGGAGAUGGGAUGCUUUGCCAUGACCGACCUCGUUUCUCUGCUAGGAAGAAGUUGCCAAUUUAAAAGCAUGUUGUCACACAAAUGCCGACAUGGUGAUACAGGAGCAGAAAUCUGUAAAAAAAAAAAAAUUAACAAACAAA